CGGCUUUUCAAGCUCUCCUCCCUUACGUUUGAUUUUCAAUAAAAAAGGUGAAAUUGGUGCCAGUGGGUAAAAAAAAUGCUGCCGUCGCCUCUCAGGCCCCUGGUGCCUGUAUCUGCACUGGCUUUGCUUGGCUGGUGCUGGUACACCCUUAGGAAGAGGAGAAGAGGUAACAGAGUGAAGGAGGAGCGGUUGAAAGCCUCAGGUGUCAAAAUGCACAAUCUGAAGGAGAUCUUUGCAGAUCAGGAAGUUGCUGCCAAUAAUUUGCUAAUGGAAAAAGAUAUUAAGAUGGAUUUCACUUUGGAAUUUCAAGAAAAGCAAGAACAUGAUAGCUCUUCAAGUUCUAGUCCGUACAGUGACCAAAAUCUAGACCUCGGCUGCUCUAAUGUUAGUUCUGUGGGCGAGCUGUCUGUCGUGCAUGAACACUCACAAGGCAACAUUACCACCUCCACUCCAAUUGUACGACUUCGCCCAGAACCAGAGGGGGAAGUUUCACAAGCUGAAGAGUCUUCAUCAGUGGUUGAGAAGCCAGAAAUGGAGACGGAAGACAAUACCACAACUUUUAAAGGUCGUUCAGAAAUAAAAACCAACGAGAUAGAACCUUCUGCACAAAAACCAGCAGCAACUGAUGUGAUCUGUAAUGCCACAGAAGAGACUACAGUAACUGGUGUUAUUUUAAAAGUAAAAGAUCAAGAGGAGCCAAAAGAAACUCUGCAUAGCCAAAUUGAAUUUCAGAAAGAUAUCAGGAAGAAUAAAAGUUUAUCACUUAGCAUACUUACCAAAACAGUAGACGAAAGUCCUUCAAUAUGUCAAACAGGAGAGGACUCUGGCUAUAGCAUGAGCCAUUCUGAGGAUGGCACAGAAACCGAGGUAGCUUUUUACACUUCUGCAGUUUCUGAUACUCAUGAGUUAAAGCAUUGGGAAAAUGGAGAACCCUUGACACAAAAGUCAGACUCCUCAGAAGGUGCUAAUGGCAUACGUCAUGCUAAUAGUGAGAGCAGAGUUAUCAGCAGUCAUGCCACUCAGGCUGAGAAUUCGUCACUCACUCUUUGGGACAUAGAGGUGCCAGCGCACCUUGUUGGGAGAUUAAUUGGAAAGCAAGGAAAACAUAUUGGCUUCCUGAAGCAAAAUUCUGGUGCGAAGAUCUAUGUGUCUACUCUGCCUUACACCCAUGACUUUCAGAUCUGCCAUAUAGAGGGGUCUGAGGUGCAGGUAGAAAACGCACUGGCAAUGAUCAGGAAAAAGUUUAAAGAUCUGGAUCUGAGCAACCGUCACAGCAGCCUGCAGCCGGCAACCCUCUCUUCUUUUCCCCUGACUUACUGGAUGCUGCUUCCUCAGGACAGAAAUGUGGAGGUGAUUGUGUCUCGGGUGGAGACUGCAAACGGCCUGUUUGUUCAGCAGCACACACACCCCAGCUAUUAUGCCCUUUGCAGCCUUCACGAACAGAUGCUCUUCUGCUACUCCCAUCCAGGAUGCCCUAGUCUGCCUCCUCUGGUGGAAGCUGGUGUUUUAUGUGCAACCCCCUCUGCUGAUGGAGGCUGGUGGAGGGCUCAGAUUAUCCAGCAUUAUACAGAUUCCAAUACUGUACAAAUCAGAUAUGUGGACUAUGGAGGCUACAUGACUGUUAACCUCAGUUCUCUUAGGCAGAUCAGAUCAGACUUUGUGACAUUGCCUUUCCAAGCCACUGAAGUUAUGCUGGAAAAAAUUGCACCUUUACCAGGGAAGACAGAGUUUUCAUUUGAGGCCAAAGAAGCUCUUGAGGAAUUAACACAAGGAGUUUCUUUAAUCAUAAAGGUGACUGGCAGUCAGGGUGGACUGCCCUUAGUGCAUUUGUGGAGACCUGCAGGAGAGAAGAUGGUUUCGGUGAAUGGCAUGUUGGUGGAGCGUGGGCUUUGCUCGUGGUUGGACAGCCACUGAUUGUGAAACCUACAUUCUACUGCCUCACGUCUGCUCUGUCUGUCUUCUGCUCUCUGCACACUCAGGUGCUGUAAUGGACAUUUAUGCCAUUAUCAAUGUUUACAUUCCUGUCACAUAUCCAAAUGCUUUUGGCCUAUAAAUUGAUUGUGUUGUAAAUUGCUUUUUUUUCUUCUGUUAGCACAAAUUAUCCAGUGUGACUUCUAGCAUAGAAUUUAAUUUCAUGAUGCUUAAAUCUAAGAGUCUUUACUAACUACUAACACACUUGAAUGACAGCACAGGCUUUUGUUAUUUAUUUAUUUAAUUAUUUUUGAGAAUUAUUUAGGAUUAAGCAUUUUUCUAUGCUUGCUGUGCUUUCCAUUCCUUAAUGCUGCAUUGUCACUCUUUCCUUUUGUCCUAUUAUUUUGCACAUCUUUUCCCGUAAGAUGGGGAAUCUGAAAUAGAAUGUGGACCAGCCUGUUGGUGUUAUGCUGGUGAGCUAAUGUGCAGGCUGUCUGAAAACAAAAUGCAUUCUACAGAAUAGCACUUGGUGUGGGGAGUCGUCUUCUUUGCUCUGAUAAUUUGCAAUGUUAUUGAUUAAGAAACCUUCUUUGUGUGCUGCUGGUAUGAAAUAUGUCUAACUUCCGGUGUUUGUGAAUAUCUUCUGAUUUUAGGUUGUUAAGUAAAUUCCUGAGUAGUAAAAAAAUAUGGAUUU